AUGAUUUUAUCAUUCCGCAACUGGAGCGAAGCCGUGACUCAAUGGAUGGUCAGAAAAAGCAAUCAUUCUCCACAUUCCACAAACUGUAUGUAUUUACGUUCAUGGUGUUCAGAUGGCGAUGAACUGUGUCAGCUGUCCCAACGCUUGAGGCCGCAUACCCUGAUCGAAAUUGUGUUUGUUGCGUCACCCAGCACACUACAAUGCCGAGUCGAUGAUCCCUUGUCAUGUAGUCAAGCAAAGCACGAGGUUUGCGUGUUCGCGAAUGGUCAGUACAGAUGUGAAUGCCCAACAGGUGUUAAUCGACUUCCGGAUGGGCGAUGUCUGUCGGUGGACGAAUGCGCUCGGCCGUCACUGAAUGGUUGUCAUAAAGAUGCUAAUUGCAUCGACAAGCAAGAAGGCUACACAUGCGAAUGCAAGCCUGGGUUUGCCGACGUCUCUCCGGAUCGCACCAAUAAACCAGGUCGGAUAUGCCGGAAAACAAGUAAUGAGUGUGGGCAGAGAGAGACGUACGGUGUCGACUGUGACCCCAAUGCAGCCUGCGUUGACACUCCAGAAGGAUUCCAGUGCGUCUGUCAACCAGGGUUCGCCGACGUUUCUACGUCUGUCAGCAAACUGCCUGGACGAAAGUGCGUCGAGGUGGUGAACGAAUGUACAACAGGGAAAGCUGACUGCUCCUGCAACGCUGACUGUUUUGACCGUGAUGAGGGCUACGAGUGCAAGUGCCGUCCCGGAUUUGUUGAUGCUUCCCCAGAUACAGCUAAAUAUCCAGGACGUGUUUGUAACCGACCGAAAUCUCCUGAAUAUUAUGGCCAAACAAGUCGACAGCCACAAUGCACUAAUUCGAACCAAUGUGGUCCUAACGAGGAAUGUCGCUUCAACGCCAAAGGCGAAAUGGUCUGUCAGUGUAAACGUGGUGCUGUCCAACAAAGCGAUGGCAAAUGUAAAGUGUUCUCACAAUGUGAACGUGCCAAUGAAUGCGACCGAAAUGCAAUUUGCUCCAACACCUAUGAUGGAUUCAAGUGCCAGUGCAAGGCCGGAUAUAUCGAUCUCUCACCCGACCCGUAUCAUCUACCAGGACGCAAAUGCGAAAAGAUCACCAACGAGUGUGCAGACGGAACAGCUGACUGUUCACCGUAUGCCGAUUGUAUUGAUCUGCGACAAGGCUAUAUGUGUAAAUGCAAGAUGGGAUACACAGAUGUCUCAUCCAGGUAUCAACUUCAGCCCGGUCGAAAAUGCUCACAAGCUGCCAACCAGUGCUCAGACCGCAAAUUGAAUUCCUGUGAUGAUAAUGCGGAUUGUGUUCAAUUGCCGGAUGGCUAUACAUGUAAAUGCUUUUCGGGAUAUGUGGACGUUUCUUCUAACGCCAAUCUUGAACCGGGACGAGUCUGCACACUCAGUACCGUAUGCCCAGUCCAGGCCACCGAUCUCGUGUUCCUUAUCGACGGUUCCGGAUCAAUCGGAUCAUACAUUUUCCAGACUGAGGUACUCCGAUUCCUUGCCGAAUUCACUGAACUUUUCGACAUUGCUCCGGACAAGACUCGGGUAUCAGUCGUUCAGUACUCCGAUCAAAUACGACAUGAAUUCGGAUUGGAUGACUACAAAGACAGCCGAUCCCUACAUGAAGCAAUCAAGAAUAUUGAGUACCUAACCGGUCUUACACGAACCGGUGCUGCUAUCGAACACGUAGCUACAGAGGCUUUCAGUGAACGCCGUGGCGCCCGACCUUUGUCGGAUCGUGUCGCACGUGUUGCUAUCGUCAUUACGGACGGUAGAAGUCAGGACAACGUGACCACGGCUGCAAACAAUGCUCGUCGACAGAAUAUUCAGUUGUUCGCUGUUGGUGUCACUAAUCACGUACUUCAAGCUGAAUUGGAAGAGAUUACUGGUGCCAAGGAUCGAACCUUCCACGUGAAUGCAUUCGAAGAUCUCAAUACAAGACUUCGAAGUGCCAUUCAACGUGUAACCUGCCCUCAGAACGAAGCCCCGAAGCCAUCUGGUGGACCAUGUGAUCCUUCAUCACACGCUGGAUGCGAUCGCGCUCUCAAUCAAGUAUGUAUGUUGAAGAAUGGCCAAUACAGCUGCACAUGCCCUGAAGGCUUUGAAGAGCAUCCUGCCUGUGGUGGCGACGUUUGCAAUCCGGAGAUCCCUACAUCAUGUCCUGAUCCGGAAAUCUGCGAAAAGACUCCGUUCGGUAACUGGCGCUGUACUUGCCCAGCUGAUCUCGGCUGGAGAGACCUGCACACCGGAGCAUGCACAAUUGAAACUACGAAACCCUCCGGAGAGCCGAAAAAAAAACUUUCAGAAAUCGGAGAACCUCCGCAAGAUCUGUCAGAAUCGCAGGAUGAGUGUGACCCUGCUGACUCGGCUAGCUGUGGUCCAAACGCGAAAUGUGUUCGAGGACCUGGUGGAAGCGUGGCAUGCCAGUGCGACCCUGGCUAUGUUAUCAAUAUCAAGUCGGAUAAAUGUCAAAAGCCAGGCACUUGUGAUCCAUCGGUGCCGAAUUCCUGUGAUGCCCGCAAGAAGGAAAAGUGCCUUCUUGAUUCAAAGGUAACUGCAUUCCGAAAACGUCUACAUACUCGUGAUGCCUACAAAUGUCAAUGUAAAACUGGCUACGUGGAUCAUGAUGAGCUAAGAAAUCCUGGACGUGACUGUCGUAAAGCCAAUCAACUUUGCGAGUCUGGGCGACAUGACUGUGACAAGAAUGCCCAAUGCAUCGAGCGUGGUACCAAUGACUACGAAUGUGUUUGUAAGCCUGGAUUCCUCGACCGCAGUCCUUUGCCCCAUCGCCCAGUAUUCGCCCAUGUGAACGGUUUAGGCAGAAAAUGCCUGGAACGAGUAUGCCUGGACGACACGAAACAUGACUGUCAUGCGGCAGCCGUUUGCCAAGAAGUGGACGGACCUGAGAAAUACACUUGCAAAUGUCGGGAUGGAUAUGUGGAUGCCAACAAAAAUAAGCCAGGUCUUUAUUUCGUUUUGUAG